AAGAGAAGGGCUAGACAGAAAAGGAACCGAGGCCGAAAAAGAAUUAAAAGAAUUCAAGGAGGGUUUUUCAUUCCGUGGUCUUGGCUUUGGUUGAAUUCUGAGUCAACUCGGGCGAUUCCAUUCUUGCUUUCCCUCCCCCCUUAGAACCUUCAAAUUCGUCUGAACACGGCUUCAUAGAACAUACACCUUGUUGUUCUGGUGUUUCUUUUAUCUUUUUCCCCUCCAAUUUCUUCAAAGGUUUCAAUUUAAUCUUAGGGUUCUGAUUCAUUCGCGACUCUCCGUGGGAUUCUCUCAGAUCUUGCAUUCUUGAUACUUUUAUUAUCAAGUGUUGUAGAAAUGGCUUGCUUGGCAUAGCAGUGGGCUUGGGAUCUUCUUCGGAGUCUCUAUUUUUGCGGUAAUGGUUUCUGCAGUUUGAAUUGUGGGUAGAGUUUGAGAUGAGGUUGUCAAAUUAAUGAUUGAUAGUGAAUUUUAUUAUUUUCGACAAGAUCAGUUGCAAUUGGUGUUUGGCGCUUUUUUGGGAGGGAAGAAGCUCUCUUCCUUCUUUGCUGCCUCUGUCACCAGCCACUUAGAACACAAGAUUCUCAUUCCAUUUCAUGUCUCGUAAGUUAGACAGCCCAGUUCAGACCCAAAUGGCAGUGGCAGUCUUUAAGAGCCCACUCAGUGGGGAAUAUCACGGGAAUAGGAAAAUGGAGGGGAAACAACCUGCUGGGAGGAGAAGGAUUUUUGUGCAGACUGAGACCGGUUGUGUUUUGGGGAUGGAAUUGGAUCGUGGUGACAAUGCACAUACUGUCAAAAGGAGGUUGCAGCUUGCUCUUAAAGUCCCCACUGAGGAGAGUUCCUUGACUUUUGGGGAUAUGGUGCUGAAUAAUGAUCUCAGUGCUGUUCGUAAUGAUUGUCCUCUUCUUUUAACGCGAAAUUGUCUGCAUAAAAGCUCAUCUACUCCCUGUCUUUCACCAACUGCCAAGGAAAUCCAACAGAGAGAUCGGAGUGGUCUUGUUGAGAUAUUGGGACAGUCAAAUAGCUUUGCUAAAAUGAAACAAUUGGUCAAGGAAAGUAUCAAGGCGAUUAAGAUGGGUGUUGAUCCAAUUCCAGUUCAUAGUGGGCUUGGAGGUGCAUACUAUUUUAGGAACAGCAAAGGUGAGAGUGUUGCAAUUGUGAAACCAACAGAUGAAGAGCCUUUUGCACCAAACAACCCAAAAGGCUUUGUUGGUAAAGCACUUGGGCAACCAGGUUUGAAAAGGUCUGUUCGGGUUGGGGAAACAGGGUUCAGGGAAGUAGCUGCUUACCUACUUGACUAUGAUCACUUUGCAAAUGUGCCUCCUACUGCCUUGGUGAAGAUCACACACUCAAUCUUCAAUGUCAAUGAUGGGGUGAAUGGUAACAAGCAACACAAGAAGAACCAGGUUAGCAAGAUUGCAUCUUUCCAACAAUUCAUACCACAUGAUUUUGAUGCUAGUGAUCAUGGGACAUCCAGCUUCCCAGUCUCUGCAGUGCAUCGUAUUGGGAUAUUAGAUAUUAGGAUUUUUAACACAGAUCGGCAUGCGGGUAACCUUUUAGUAAGGAAGCUUGAUCGUGUUGGGAGAUUUGGGCAAGUGGAAUUGAUUCCAAUUGAUCAUGGUCUUUGCUUGCCAGAAACAUUGGAGGAUCCAUACUUCGAAUGGAUUCAUUGGCCUCAGGCAUCAAUCCCAUUCUCAGAGGAUGAGGUUGAGUAUAUAGAAAAACUUGAUCCUGAUAGGGAUUGUGAUAUGCUGCGAAGGGAGCUCCCUAUGAUUCGAGAGGCUUGUCUGCGUGUCUUGGUUCUCUGCACAAUUUUUCUCAAGGAAGCUGCUGCUGCUGGUCUCUGUCUUGCUGAAAUUGGUGAGAUGAUGAGCAGGGAAUUUCGUGCCGGAGAGGAGGAACCCAGUGAGCUUGAGGUUGUAUGUCUCGAGGCGAGGAGGUUGAUUGCAGAGAGGGAGGUGUUGUCUCCUGGGACAGACUUGGGAAAUGAGGAAUUUCAAUUUGAUAUAGACUAUGAAGAAACAGAAUUUGACUUCACACCAAAGAUGACAACAGAGGAUUAUAUGACUAGAACACCCAUCCAACAUGGAUUUGGAGCUAGUAAUAGCCGUUUACCACUUUCAAGAUUAGAGGAGAGCAUAGAAGAGGAAGAGGAGGAGGAGGUGGAGGAAGAGGAAGAGGAAGAGGAAAGCAUGGAGAAUGGUGUAGGAAAAGACAGAGUGGGUGGUCUACCCUCGCCUGCACGGUUGCCAAUCAUGUCGAAGCUUUCUAUGUCACUUAAAAAUACCACAUUAGGUGACAAGAAACAGAAAUGCCAGAAAUUCUCAGGAGUGAAACCAGAAAAUGGCUAUUUUGCUAACACAUCUUCUGGGCACAGGAGUGCUAAUGAGCAGCUUCCUGCAAGUCUCAGUUUUGUGAAGCUGGCCGACAUGAGCGAAGGGGAAUGGACUCUGUUUUUGGACAAAUUUCUGGAACUGCUGCCCCCGGCAUUUGCCAAACGGAAAUCUGUGACCCUUGGUCAGAGACAGAUGCAGAGGCUUGGUACCUCAUGCCAAUUUUGAGAUUGAGAUACCAGUAUGAGGAAGAAGAAUAAGACGUUUAGGUUUGUGAGAGUGAUGGACAACUAGGAUAGUUUCAGUUGAUGGGUUUUCUCCUUGGAAGGUGUUGUAGUCGAAAUCAACAGUAGGAGGGAACUGCUGUAAAUAUUGAUGGCAAUUAGCUGAGUGAGGACCAAUGAGCCGAGUAGAAUUGGUUGUAUUGCUUUUUUCUCUUUUUCCCACGUUUUUCUUUUGCUUUCAAUUUUCCCCCUUUCACUCCUUAUGGACCUGUUUGAUAAAUAAUUUGUAGAACCAAAUUACAAAAAAAUGCUGUAUAAAUAGUCAUCACCGGAGGUUUUUGGAA